UAGUGCGCAGGCUCAAUUAGUAAUCUUGAACUUGGACUGUGCAUCAAUUUUCUAUGUCAAUUUUGGUUCUUAUUUUGUAUAUAUUUUGAAUUGAAUGUUGGGGAAUUCAUUGAAUUUUAGUCCGAAAAUAUAUAGUCCGAAAGCACAGUAAAAAUGACUCUAACUUCUGCAGCUGGUAUUCUUGCUCUUCUCGACGAAAGAGAACCAGAGCUAAAAGCAUUUGCUUUGAGAAAAUUAAACAGUAUUGUCCAUGAAUUUUGGGCUGAAAUAUCUGAGGCAGUGGAGAAAAUUGAAGUGUUGUAUGAAGAUGAAUGUUUUAAAUCAAGAGAACUUGCGGCACUUAUUGCAUCAAAGGUUUAUUAUCAUCUUGGAUCCUUUGAGGAUAGCCUUAUGUUUGCUCUUGGUGCUGGAAACAUGUUUGAUGUCAAUGGCCAUUCUGAAUUUGUUGAAACAAUUAUUGCCAAGUGCAUAGAUCAUUACACACAACAAAGAGUUAAGAUCUAUGAAUGUACAGUCAAAGAUGGAAAACCAAUUGUGAUUGAGCCAAAGCUUGAAGCAGUUGUUAACAGAAUGUUUCAAAGAUGUUUUGAUGAUGGAAAAUAUAAACAGGCCAUUGGUAUUUCAUUGGAAACAAGGCGAUUGGACAUAUUUGAACAAGCUAUUUUAAAAUCGGUUGACAUCCCUGGGAUGCUCUCAUACAGUCUGAAAGUCUGCAUGUCAUUAAUACAAAGCCGUCAAUUUCGUAAUGAGGUUUUGCAAGUGCUGGUGAAACUUUAUUUAAGUCUUGAUACCCCAGACUACAUCAAUGUCUGUCAGUGCUGCAUAUUUCUUGAUGAUGCGAAGUCUGUGGUCCAUAUUUUAGACAAAUUAGUUAAGGAUAAUGAGAAAGAUCAGACGUUGAUGGCUUACCAAAUUGCUUUUGAUCUUUAUGAAAACGCGACGCAACAGUUUUUAACGUCAGUUAUUGACAAUUUAAAGAUGGAAAUUCCUCUCUUUAAUGAUUCUAAUGAUGAAGAUAAUCAUAUAAAUAAGAAUGGAGUUGACAAGGUAUUAGAGGAUCGUGUAAAGCAUUUGCAGGAUAUCCUUAGUGGGGAGACGACAAUUGGAUUUCAUUUAGAAUUUUUGAUCAGAAACAAUCAUGCUGAUUUACUCAUUCUAAAGAACACAAAGGAUGCAUCGAGGAAUUCAGUGUGCCAUUCUGCAACUGUUAUAUCAAAUGCUCUUAUGCAUUGUGGAACCACUACAGAUACUUUUCUUCGUAAUAAUCUCGAGUGGCUUGCUCGAGCAACAAAUUGGGCUAAAUUUACGGCGACAGCAAGCUUGGGUGUCAUUCACAGGGGUCACGAGCAAGAUGCAUUAAAGCUAAUGGCAUCUUAUCUUCCUAAAGACUCCAAUGCCGGCAGCGCAUAUCAAGAAGGCGGUGGACUGUAUGCAUUAGGUCUCAUUCAUGCAAAUCAUGGAGAAAAAAUAAUUGAUUAUAUUUUACAGCAACUAAAGAGCGCCACAAGUGAUAUGGUCCGUCAUGGAGGCUGUCUUGGUUUAGGACUAGCUGCAAUGGGAACUGCAAGAGAAGAUAUUUACAAUCAAUUGAAAGACAUUUAUCAUGACGAUGCCGUAGCAGGAGAAGCUGCUGGGUUAGCCAUGGGUUUAGUUAUGUUAGGAUCCUUUUCAUCCACAGCUAUCGACGAUAUGGUCGCGUAUGCUCGUGAAACAAAACAUGAGAAAAUUCUGAGAGGCUUGGCUCUUGGUAUAUCUUUGGUAAUGUAUUCUCGUAUGGAAGAAGCGGAUGCUCUUAUUGAUGAUUUAUCACGUGAUAAAGAUCCAAACUUACGCAUUUGUGGCAUGUAUACAAUUGCUAUGGCAUAUUGUGGAACUGGAAAUAAUAAAGCUAUAAAACAGUUAUUACAUGUUGCGGUCAGCGAUGUUAACGAUGAUGUACGAAGGGCAGCUGUCGUAUCUCUAGGAUUUUUGAUGUUCAGAACCCCUGAACAAUGUCCCAGUGUUGUGUCGCUAUUGUCUGAAAGUUAUAAUCCUCAUGUUCGAUACGGAGCAGCUAUUGCCCUUGGGAUAUCUUGUGCUGGAACUGGCUUGAAGGAAGCGGUAAACAUUGUUGAACCAAUGACGAAUGAUCCAGUCAAUUAUGUUAGACAGGGUGCUCUGGUUGCCAGCUCACUUUUAUUGAUACAACAUAACGAUCAUACAAAUCCCAAAGUGUCUAAGUUUCGUGAAAUAUAUGCUAAGGUUAUUGGUGACAAACACGAGGAUCAAAUGGCAAAAUUUGGUUCAAUCAUUGCUCAAGGAAUAUUAGAUGCUGGAGGUCGAAAUGUAACAAUAUCUCUUCAAUCUCGCGCUGGUCAUACCCACAUGAUGUCAAUUGUUGGUCUUUUGGUUUUCACACAUUAUUGGUACUGGUUCCCACUUACUCAUUUUAUAUCCUUGGCAUUUACACCUACAUGUCUCAUUGGCUUAAAUUCUGAUGUUAAGAUGCCGAAAAUGAAAUUUAUUUCUAAUGCCAAGCCGUCUUUAUUUGCUUACCCCGAAGCUUUGAAACCUCCGAAGAAAGAAGAGAGAGAGAAGGUAACAAAAGCUGUAUUAUCAUUUUCAUCAAAAGCCAAAAAAACGAAGAAAGAUGGUGCAGAAAAAGAGGAGCCAAUGGAUGUGGAUAAACCAGCUCAAAAAGCUGAAGAUUUAAAUGUCAACAAGAAAGAUCAAAGUGAAAACAAGAAAGAAGCUGAGCCAGACAUACAAGUUCUAGAUAAUCCCUCACGAGUUAUGCAAGCACAGCUCAAGCUUGUGUCACUGGCGAAAGACAGUCGAUAUUCUGCGUUAAAACCUGUUAGUGUCGGUGGCAUAAUUAUGAUGAGAAACUCAAAAUUGGACGAGCCAGAAGAACUUCUUGAACCUUUGCCAGCUGCUAAGAAUCCUACUAUGGACGACGAAGAUGAUGAACCAGAGCCUCCUGAACCCUUUGAAUAUAUUGAUGAGGAUUAAAAAGAACAUUAUUAUGGUGAUGUGUUUUUUCCUUUUAUCUCUUCGUUGGUAUUGUUUCUAUAUGACAAUAAGAUCUAAAGCUAUUACAUUCAAACAUACUUAUUUCGAGUAAAAUGUUUUGCGAUUCAACUUCUGUGGGUGGAAUUGUUAACAAACUUACUGUUUAUUAUAAUAUAGUUAUGUGGACUCCACAUUUAAAUUUUUUUCGUCUUAACUAAAAGACUGGAUGCAUGCUAGAGUUUUGACCAAAAUUUCCCCAGAUUAUAUGUGGAGGAUAUAAUAGUUGAUUAAAAACUAUCAAGUCUCAA